AUGUCUGAGAUCAUGGCCCUCCGCGCUCAGAUAAUGGACAACAUGGAGAUGCUCAACUACCCUGAUCUGCAGCUCUGUCGCUUCGUCCUCACUGUCGAUCAUGAGCUUCAUGAUGGUGAUCCAUUCUGGCAUGUCUUCCUCGACAAACCUCCUCAUCACCCCUUCAAUCCUGAUCAGCCUUCCGUGACCAAAGGCUACGGCGACAUCAAGUUCCAGGGCGAAGGUGAUACCCCUGAGGACGCCUACAAGGAUCUGCUCAAGUGGACCGCUGAGAUGCUUCACAACGGCUACGCCAACUCCAAGAAGACGUGA